AUGCCAACAGUAUUAUCAAAAUUAAAAGAUUUAGUUAUUUUAAAAUCCAAUUCUAGUUCCAUAUCACAAAUACAAAGAAUAGUAAAAAUAGUAUUAGAAAUAUAUAUUAAUAAUAGAACUGUUCUUGGAAGAUUUUUAUGGAUUUUCGCAGUUUAUAUUUUGUACAUUAGAAGAGGAUCAAAGAAGAAAACCGAUCAUGAUUCAACAACAAAAACAUCGUCAGGUACAAAACCGGGGCCAAAAAGAGUUGCAGUUAAUGCUGCUUUCUUUGCCAGUUUAAAAAAACUAUUAAAAAUUGUAAUUCCUGGGUUAAGAUCCAAAGAAUUCUGGCUUUUAGCUACUCAUUCUGGCUUUUUGGUCUUUAGAACUAUAUUAUCAGUUUACGUUGCAAUUUUAGAUGGUAGAGUUGUUAAUGCAUUGGUAAGGAAAAAUGCUAAAGAUUUCUUGACUGGAAUUAUAUGGUGGAUGAUAGUCGCAAUACCUGCAACUUAUACUAAUAGCAUGCUUACGUUUAUGCAAAGCAAAUUGGCUAUACAAUUCAGGACUCGUCUCACCCAUCACAUUCAUGAGAAAUACUUGACUGAUAUGACUUUUUAUACUAUUGGAAAUCUAGAUGAUCUUGACACAAUGAAAUUUUGUAAUUCUCUUUCGGAACUUUAUUCCAAUCUCGCCAAACCAGUCUUGGAUGUUGUUAUUUAUUACUUGGAGUUGGCAAAAAAUGUAGGAGGAGAAAGUUUAUUUGCAUUAUCACUUAUAGUACAUACAUCAUCAGUAGUGCUGAGACUAUUGACGCCGUCAUUUGGAGAAAUGGUAGCUGAAGAACAAAGACUAGAGGGCGAAUUUCGAUUUACACACUCUAGAUUGAUUGAUAACAAUGAAGAGGUUGCAUUUUAUUCUGGUCAUGUGAUAGAAAAGGCAAUUUUAGAUCGGAAUUAUUUUGCACUUAUUAAACAUAUCAAUAGAAUAUUUCGUAAACGAAUUUUCCAUGGUAUGAUGGAAGAUUUCAUUAUUAAAUAUUUCUGGGGGGCUAUGGGAUUGGUUCUUUGUUCUGUUCCUGUCUUCUUUAAAGUACCUGGGGUGGAAAAGGGUGAUUUAGGAUUUAUCACUAAUCGUAGAUUGUUGAUGAGUUCUUCUGAUGCAUUUGGACAACUUUUAGAUGUAUUUGAAGAUGUUAAAAAUGGAAGGUUUGAAAAGAAGUUAGUAUCAUCAGCUUCAACCGAAGAAAAUGCAAGGAUUUUAAGUGGUCGUGGAGAAAUAGUUGAAUCUGAAAAUAUUGAAUUCAAAAAUGUACCAAUUGUAUCACCAAAUGGUGAUGUUUUACUUAAAUCAUUAAAUUUUUCUAUGAAACCUGGAAUGCAUUUAUUAAUAGUCGGACCAAAUGGUUGUGGGAAAAGUAGUAUGUUUAGAAUAUUAGGUGGUUUAUGGCCAGUUUAUGGCGGAAAUGUUGAUAAACCAAAUUCUAAAGAUAUUUUUUAUAUUCCACAAAGACCCUAUUUGCCAAUGGGUACAUUACGUGAUCAGACGUAA